AUGGACGAGAAGAAGACCUAUCUGAAUUCUAAAGACGCCAAAAACGCGGUGGGAAUCCAUCGCGGGCCUCUACCUGAGAAUGGUGAGGGGUAUGACCUUGAGCAUAUCGAGACAGCCGAUACGAUCACCUUAGAGAAGGUCAAGAGGACACCCACACAGAAUCUCCGACGCCACUGGGCUCGGUUCUGGUGUUGCUAUACCUUCUUCAGUAUCAUCUUUCUCAUCAUAUUUCUACCCAUAUUCUUCCUUGUCAUCAUCCCCGCCAUUGCGCAGCGAGUCGUGGAUAAUUCAACGCUGCUCCUCGUCAAGGCCGAUGUCAUGCACCCACGACCUGAAUCAGUACAGCUCACGAUUGAGUCGGCACUGAAGCUUCCUCUGGGGGUCCCAGUGCGCAUUGAUCCGAUGACUUUGGAUCUGUUCAACCGUGACUCGCCCGGAAAUGGCACCUGGGGAAAGUUGUAUCUCAAAGACUACGUGAUCAGCGGCAACACGACGCUGGGAGUAGACAAGCAGUUCACUCCUUUGAAUGUCGCCGAGUGGACGCAGUACGUGCACAACGUUGUGUUCAUGAAGCAUGGUCCGCUAUCGGUAUGGGGCAAGACCACCGCCUAUCUAGGACAGAUCAAGAACCACGUGACGAUGGACAAGGAUAUCCCUCAAAAUACCCUGAAUUCCUUCGAAGGCUUCGCUAUUAAAGACACCCAGCUCCUGCUCCCUCCUCGAGAAGACGGAACUAAUCUCAUCGCCAACGCAACCCUACCUAACCCCUCCGUCCUAACGCUCGAAAUUGGCACAACAACUCUUGACGUCAAAUCUGGUGACCUCGUCAUCGGCAACGCCACCCUCGACAACCUCAUCCUCCGACCAGGCAACCACUCGACCCCAGUGCACGGAAUGCUUGACCUUCGCGUGUUGAUCAAAAAUCUCCGCAGCGUACUCGCCACCCAGCUCGAAUCCAUCCGGGAUGGGACCCUCACCCUCGACACGGUCGGCAAGACGGUAUUCUACGAGGGCACGGAAGUUCCGUACUACACGAACGUCAUGAAGAACCUCACCAUGACAGCGCAAGUGCCGCUCGCCGGUCUCAUAACCAACACCCUCCGCGGCGUGCUUCGUCCCAACGGCACGAAUAUCUUCGCCGAAGCAGCCGAUAACAUGAACAUGACUGAGGAGGGACAAGAGAUGCUCGAUAAUAUAGCGGGUAAGGCUCGAGACGAGAGCAGUACGGAAUCAUCCUUGAAGGCACGGUCAUUCGAAGAUCAGAUCUGGGAUGAUCUGAUCAAUGAUCCGGAGAAACGGGAAAACAUUUUAAAUGUGAUAGAGGGGUUGAACUUAUAGAUGGUGGUUAUUGAGGUUGUUCAGCUUCCUGUUAUUGGAUUUGAUGUGAAGUGAUGC